CCACAAAUGCCAAAUUGGAGCAUUUACCGUUUAUUAUUUUUUAAAUUUCGUUAGGUUCAAAAUGAGUGAUUUCAAAAAUGAAGAUUUAUCAAAUACAAAUAAUAAAUGUACACCUCAAAAGAAAAAUAAAGUGCGUAAUCCUUUUGAUAAAGUGCUAGUAGAAAAUCUUCAUAAACCAAUAUGCAGCCCCGGUAUGUGCAAAAUGUACAAAAAUAAAUCGAGCGGUUCGUUUCGAUGGGACAUAGACCAAGCAUGUACCUUAGUUCCUACAGAUAUUAUCGUAUGCAAUAGCCAGUUUGAGCCGUCCCCAGAUCCAGCGUUGGAGAAGAUCGCUGAAGAAGCUACUGAGAAAUUCUUUUCCCAAGAGUUAGUUUUACCAAGUCCUAUGGAGUCAUCAAAGAAACUGCAACCUUUAUUACAAGCAACAUCUUCAGAUUCUAGCUCCAAUGUAUCUAGUCUUGCGAAAGAGUUAAAAUUUGUGAAAAGUGUUUCAGUUCAAACAACGCUAACAUUACCACCAACACUCCCUCCUGAAUUAGAGAGCAUUUUACAACCAUUCUGCACAUUUACACAGGAACAAGCAAUGUUUGAUGAGUAUGAAGUCACAGCAAACGGUUCAUUGCGUAGAACAUUGUUCUUUGAGGAGCAAAGUGAUCAUGAUGACUCGGAGCAUACAGAUGAAGAAGUUAGCAAUGAAAAGCGGCCACCAUCUAGCUAUGAAGAACAUACGCCAGUUGUAUUCAGCCCCGAUUUGAGUUGUGACUUUAUAUCAAAAGGUAUGAAGCGCACAUUUGGGACUCCUCUGCAAGCUGGUUCGAAACACAAACCAUACAGGAAUAAAAUAUUAGAUGUGGUUGACUUUGAACCAUGUUUCAGUCCUAUUGAAUUCAGAACUCCCAAAGGUUCAGCGACAUCGUCUUCACUUGCGUCAUCAUCGAUUUCACCUGUAACAAAAGUCAGCGAUGAGGAGAAAAACAAUUUCACCUCACCGGAAUCAGAAGCUAUGGCAACGUGUCUUGACUGUAUCGUUUCGGAACCAGACGGCGAAAAGAAUGGCGUGUGCUUCUGCAAAACGACGCCCAAUAAGUCUAUAUUAAAACGGAGUACGUCGCUGAAAAACUCACCGCCUAAAAACAAGAGAGGAUCCUCGUUGUCGGAGAAACGUAGUCUCAGUAUGUCGAGCUUGCAUCGCAGUCGAUCUGUACAGAAAUUAGAUUUUAGUAUGGACAUGAGUGUCGACGAAUCAUUUCACAACACUUCACAGGGAUCAGAAACUACCUCACCAGACAGGAAACAAGUGACUUGGUUCCUCGAGACUGACACAAAUGUCAAACAGUUAGCUAAGUUAGAUUCUUUUAAGGGGCAAUCUCAUGAUAUCCAGUCUUCCACAAGAAUAAACUUAUUAGAUGAAACUCCCAUUAAGGGCAAACGAAGGACUAAUGUCGCCCAUGAAAUUAGCAAAAUACGUGCACAGGCUACAGUUAGCCCGUUGCAUAUGUCCUUGGAUAAUAGUUUAGAUAAUUUUGAUAUACCUUUUAGUAUGGAGGACAAAAAGAUAGACUUUAAUACCAUUGAUCUCAAAUUCUUGACUGAAACCGUGUCGGAAUACGAGCACAGUUCUAAAAAUACCACAAAAGUAGCAAGUGACUCUUCCUCAAGCUAUAAGAAAGUCGAUAGUGGAUUUAACGAAAAUACUUUUUACGCUUCAAGUUAUUAUGAAAGUGCCAUAAAACCUUCAGAAUUGACUAUCACUAGUUUAUCUAAGGGUAAUAGUAGUAAGACGGCUUUAAAGGAAAUUUCCAACGUAAAUUGGAUGAGAGUCGACAGUGGCUUCAAAGACGAAACGUCGACGGACAGUACUCAGUUCUAUUCCAAUGAAAGUUCUAAUAAAAAAAUUACUAUUAAUCAUUUCUCUGACGUAAAAUUUGAUGAUAAGGAAAAUGAACUGAACGACGAUAUUGAUAGAAUUAUUCCGCCCCCAAAUAAAAACGAUGCCAUGUCUAUUUCGGACUUUUUCAACGAAGAUUUAACAUUUACUUGUAAUUUUUCUUCAACGCCGUCUAAAAAUAAGUCACGUAAAGUCAAUUCUUAAUUAUUUUAUAGGAAAAUUUAAUGGGUAUUUUAUAACGCUUUAUAAGUAAUAUAAAUGUAAUAAAUUAGUAGGAUAAUUGUUUUUGUAUAAAGUAAUUUAAUAAUGGCUAAUAUAUUAUUGUCGUUUUCUUUAAAAUUUCGAU